UUACAUUUUGGUCAUGAUCAGACAUAGUUGUCUAAAGCAACAGCACUUGAGAAAAGAUUAUCCCUCCUUUAAAAGGGUGUUUGUGUAUAAACCGGCCAUAGACCUCAUUUCCCAAGAGCUUAUCCACCAUGAAAAAGCCAAUGAUUUCAUGGCUAUUAGUAAUCAUGUUCGGACAGGCUGCUGCUUUCGUUGCUUGCGAGAGCACGACUUCUAAAGCUAGAGGUUCUGAACUCGCGGUGGAUUCUAUCAACCGAGAACUGUUUGCAGGUAGGAGUUUUAAUGUCGAGAAACCAACCGUCGACCAUGAUCAGCGACAUAAGAUUACUGGAGGAGUCAACGCCGUUAUUCAUGAGAAAAGAGGAGCUAAUGGGGGCGCCGAUAUCGUCAAGAAGCCAACAAAGACAAAGAGUGCAGCCAGUGGAUUGCCAGUGACUCUUGGUCAUAUCACCUUUUGUGUGUUUAUGGCUGCCAACUACUUCAUUUUACUACAGUGAAUAAGCUGUUUGCUGCUUACAGAGUCUAUCAUCUGCAGGCAGUUUGAGUAGUUCCUAGGUGUUCUUGUCAUGGAAACUUUCUCUGAGAUGCAGCUAGGAUUUAAGGUUUUACUAUUGCUUUCUCUGAGUCUAGCUAAAACUUGCGUUCCGUCCCCCUCUUUCUUCAUUGUCUCUUUGAAGCAUAGAAUACUUCAGCCUCGAAACAGUAUUCAUGCAUCCAAGACUGUUUACAUUAAACUGACAUCACCAAUUGGAAAGAAGAGGAGAAGCUUUGCUGCCCAGAAAAUAGUCCUUUAAACUUGGCUUUCUCCGACUUCUGAAGCUGAUCUUGGAAGAGUUUCAGAAGAUUUGAAUUGAAGUUGAUCCGUUAGAGCCUAUAAGUACAAUUUGCAAGUUUUCUGUCUUAUCUGCUUCUGCACAUUUUAACAUUUGAAAAUCUUGUUUUAUGCUGUUUUGGGAGUUUGACAAAAUAUUGGGAUUACCUAUGCUUCACCCAGAUUAUGUAACGGGAUAAGAUUGGUAAAAAUUGUAUCUCCGAUUGAAGUGGGGUAAUCCAAGAGAGAGUGAACAAGAAUUUAUAUAAAUAAAAGGCAAAGUUCAAGAACUACA